AUGUCGUGGUCUCAGGGAAAUGUAUCAGAUGUGUUCAGUUUAGGAUACGACUUCAGUAGUAACGUUGCGUACCCGAAUUUGCUUUUAGAUACGGAGCUCGAAUCAAAUUUGGAGUCAGAUGUUACGGAUGAGUUACAAUUACAACCACAGGUGUCGGACUUUUCUAUGUCUUUAGCUGAUGCCUACACUUUCAAUUAUACCGAUAAUACUACUGCCAGUGCCAGCAGUGGCAGGAUUAGCAAUGCUAGUUCUACCGCUGGCACUGGUGACGACACUGCCGAGACAGCGACGACGACGGCGACAACGCCGCUACCCCGUCAAAGACGGUACUCGAAGAAUAACCGUCAAACACCACCAUCUUCAUCUUCUGCAUCUCCUUGCGGGAACCCAAACUCGCAGUCUGGCUCGAUCUCUAGCAAUUCGUCGAAAAAAGUGUCUGAUUCAAGGCUCUCGGCAAGAGGAUUGGCUGAAGUGUUGAAUUUGAGUUCCCCCGCAGAAGCGUUAUACAGGGAAAAAUUUAUCUUGGACAUCUUCGAAAAGGAAUUGCACUAUCCAUUGGGUUAUAAGACUUGGGUCCGGGGUACUACAAAGGAGUAUAGAACCAGGAUUUUAUACCAACUGCAUCAGCGCGUUAAGACCAGGUAUCCCGAGUACGAUGAAAAAGUGUUAGAGAUCAUCAUCAGAAGAGCCACUUACUAUAUGAUGCAAUCAAGGUUAAGACGAGAACGUAGAGCCAGAGCCAAGGCAAACAAAUCGAAAUCUACACAACGGAUAUCGAAAAACGAUUAUUCUUCUUCACGGAACGCAGGAAACGAAAAUGGAGACAUGGACGUUACUAGUUUCGAUUUCGGUGUCAAUUCAAAUUCGUUUGUCACAGGAAACGCUUUCUUAAUGUAA